CACUUCCGUAACCGUCUCCCUCCUCCUCCUCCUCCUCCUCCAACUCCUCCGCACAAGCUCCCUCCCUCCACAAACCCUAACCCUAACCCUAACCCUAGAAAUUGGAAAUCCUGCCCCACGAUGCAGCCCUGUAGCAGGGAGAUGCAGGCGAUCGCGGCGUCCCUGAGCGCGAUCGGGAUCCAGCCCCUCCUCGGCGGCGUCAGCGGCGGCGACGAGUUCCUCGAGCAGAUGCUCGCCGCCGCGCCCUCCGCCGCGUGGUGCGACCACAUGGCGGAGGAUCCGUCGCCGCCGCCCCCGCCGCCGGUGGCGACGCGCUACACGCCGUACGAUCCCAUCGGCGGCGCCGCCGCCGCCGCCACCGCCGCCCCGGCGAGCUCCGCCGCCGAGCUCGGCCUCUUCGCCCCAGCGAUCGGCGACGGGGGCUGCGAGAUCGACCCAUCCUCCUCCUUCAAAUCACUCAAUCCCACCGGCGGUGAAGGGGUCUAUGCUGGUGGAUUCGGUGGGUUUCUUUCCGUUCCAGCCGCACAGAGAACGUCAAUGAGCUUCGGAAUCACACCUACGAAUGCAGAGGCGACGGUGACAACGACGGCGCCAAAGCAGCGAGUGAGGGCGAGGAGAGGCCAAGCAACGGAUCCCCACAGCAUCGCUGAGAGACUUCGGAGGGAGAGAAUAGCAGAGCGGAUGAAAGCGCUCCAAGAAUUAGUACCGAAUGCGAAUAAGACGGAUAAAGCGUCGAUGCUGGACGAGAUCAUCGACUACGUGAAAUUCCUCCAGCUCCAGGUCAAGGUGCUUAGCGUGAGCCGCUUAGGCGGAGCCGCAGCGGCUGCUCCUCUUGUGGGCGAUCUCUGCUCCGAGGGGAGCGGCGCGGGGGGUGGGGGUGGUAACGAAACCCUAACGGCGGCGACGGAGAAGAAGGUGGCUCAGAUGAUGGAGGAGGACAUGGGGACGGCGAUGCAGUACCUGCAGGGGAAGGGCCUCUGCCUCAUGCCCAUCUCCCUCGCCUCCGCCAUCUCCUCCGCCACCUCCUCCCCCUCCGUCGCCGCCGACCAGUAACGCCGUCAGGAUCUGACGGCGCCGGAAUUCCCGCUCGCGGGAGGGGAAUGGUUAACGGCGAGGUGACGGAGAUUGACGGCCCCAUUAUUUGCCCUAUAAAAUGGGGGACGUCGACGAUCCCGUGGCUCAUCCCGCUCUUCCUCUCUUACCUUUUUUUCUUCUUUUUUUUUUUAUAAUUAUUAUAAUUAUUAUUAUUAUUAUAUUAUGUAUUUUGUUAAAUAGUUGUUAUGAUAUGCGCGCUCUCUCCGCGCUUGUAAGUUGCUGUAUCAUUUUCUUCGUGUUUUCUUCUUCUUUUUUUU